AUGCCUCCCUCAGCCAACUCCCAGAAGGUAGCCAACAGCAACGCUUCUCUGCGCAAGUUUCCGCUCUACUCGUUCCCGCCAGGCUUCGUCCUCUUCCUCAUCCAUGGCCUCGCGACUGGCCAGCCCUUCCCGGCGCUGGGCCUGCUGCCCAUGACGGCCUCGGCCAUCGUCAGCGGUCUGCUCCUCUUCCGCGACAAAUUCGCCGCUUCCGGGUCACCCAUCCAGAACCUCUCUCCUUCCAAUGUCUUCUUUGCCGACGUCGGUCUCGCCGUCUUUCACCUCGCCAUGCUCAUCCCGAGCUUCGUGUUCCUCACGGCUCCCUGGCACGAGGGCCAGGUCGCCCUGGGAGCCUACUGUACCGUCUUCCAGAUGGUCGACUUCACCGCAGCACCGCCAACCGCGACACGGCAGCGACCGCUUCAAUUGGCCUCCCCUAUUCGCCCUCCCCUCCCUUCUCAUCUCCCUCUCGCUCACCACGAUAGUCCGCCGCCCAACAUGCCGCUCGACACCUCAGCCUACCACCUGGGCUCCUUCCUCCGCGUCGACGGCCGCCGCUGGAACGAGCUGCGCCGGUGCCACGCCCAGAUCCGCACGCAGGCCAGCGCCGACGGCAGCUCCUACCUCGAGAUGGGCAACACCAAGGUCAUGUGCGUCGUCACGGGCCCCAGCGAGGCCGGCCCCGGCGCCAAGCGCGGCGCCGCCCAGGGCGCCGCCGGUGGUGGCGGCGGCGGCGCGGGCGGAGCAGCAGCGGGCGGAGGCCAGUCCAAGGAGGCCGAGGUGGCCGUCAGCAUCGUCGUCGCGGGCUUCAGCUCCGUCGACCGCAAGAAGCGCGCCCGCACAGACAAGUAA